UGCGUGUUUUUUAUAUCCGGAAGUAUUAGGUUUAUAAACAAUAAUCUCAUGUGCGACGCUCGCAAACUGACAUAUAAUGACGUUUUAAGUAAAUACUAGCUUAAAAUGACUUAACCUUGUUAAAAACAAACGUAAAUCAUUUUUAUUCUGACUAGUAACGUUACGUCAAGUUCAAUCAAGUUCAAGUGUAUAAACUCAAGAGAAGAUGCCAGCUCGAAAUACUAUAAACAGUGGAGUUAGAUACUCCAAACUAGCCAGUGAUGAUGAUGGAUACAUUGAUCUCCAGUUUAAGAAAAGUCCACCCAAAGUUCCUUAUAAAGCGAUCGCCCUGGCAACAGUUCUCUUCCUCAUCGGCUCCAUUCUGAUCAUCAUCGGAUCCCUCCUGUUAGCAGGAUACUUUGAAGUUAAUGAUCACCGCGAUCGCACCCUCCCAGUCCUGAUUAUAGGAAUCCUGGUCUUUCUUCCUGGCUUUUACCACCUGCGCAUCGCCUAUUACGCCUCCAAGGGUUACCGCGGUUAUUCCUACGAUGACAUCCCUGACUUUGAUGACUGAGCGGCAGGGACGGGCUGUCAGACGGCUGAUCUGACAGAGCUUUGUACCUGGUUUUCCCGCAGCGAGACAGAACUGCACCGCCGCUGAUGUCUGCCACGUCAAAACGACUUGACAGGCUCAUUUUUUAACAUUUUCAUUGACUCAGAAGGUGGUUUAAAUUCAUGAACUAGUGUGAUAACUUAGGUUUCAUGUAGUGGAUUUAAUGCAGUUAUUUGUGGUGCAAACAGGUCUCAGUUUAGUUGUUAUAUUAGGAUGCUGUAUUGAGUUACAGGUUGUUGCAACAAGCAAAGCCUGAGGCAAGAAAAACUACUCAAAACAUGCCACAUGCUGUUUUAUAUUUUGCAGGUUUUUCUUUGUUUUGUUUUUUGAUGGAUUGCACUAGAGUUCAAAUCUGUCACGGAUGAUGUGGUUUUUGAUACUUUAUGAGGAAACACAUGAACAUGGUUGGAAAUAAAAACAGAAGGGUUUCAUUUUUUAAUUUAAAUACAUUUGAGUAUGAUAAUGGAUAAGGCACCAUUGCAAAGUUUUCAUCUUUGAUGUUCAAAGUCAUACCACUGGAUUUAAUUAAUUUUCAUUUAUGUGAUUUUAUUGCCAUUACAGAGGAUGUUUAUGAAUAAAUAACUUGUUUUAAAAUAAA